UCGACACGUUGUAACACAGUUGCGCGCGCACGUUCAAAGCCGAUUUUAAAAAGUAGUAAUUUUCACUCCUUUUUACUUGUGCUUCAAUAUAAAAUAAUUUAAAACUGAAAGAUAAAUAUUUAAUAAUUAUUGUGGUGUUUUUUUAAUGUUUCUCAUUAGUGGAUAAACGGAACUGGUGUUUUAGUGUGUGGUGAAAGUUAUCGUGGACUAGCAAGAUAGAUAGUGCGUUGUCUUUUUUCAUAUUCAAAAUAUUUUUGAAACUACAGCUGAUAUCUUUACAUUUUUAAUGAUACCAAAUGUCAAGAAAAUCCCGGUUACAAAGUAAUGUGAUGUGAGUGAUGUGACUCAUGGCCUGUGACGGGAAAAACAAGAUGGCGGGGGGAAGAUGGCGUACCUGUUUUGGCGCGCUUUUCGUUAUAUGUGUACAAGUUGUUAAUUGUUACGAACAGUCGUACACGAUAUCGCAGCUAUCACCGAAGUCAGUCGUCGAUGAUCGGUUCAACGCUGACGUAUUAUUGAAAACAAGAGACGCACAAUUAGUUUUUAAUUUAGAACCUAGUGCCAAAUAUGAUGACAUCGAACUUAAACCAGAAGACGUAAUCUCAGAUGAGGAAACAGAAACCCAGGUGAUCGUAGAACGAUCAGUCGAACCAAGCAGAGGAUCAAGAUCUAUUAAUAUAGACGAAAUACCAUCGUCGAACAACAAUGAGAUAGACAAUGGGAUAGAAGUACACAAUAAGAGAAAAUACUACGACAUAGAUCCAACUAAAACUAUUGAUUAUUACACGAGCGAUGAAGCUAUGUUAAUGUCAUCCGGUUUUGGUGACAAAUUAGACUUUAAGUUUCCGGGGGAAGGGAAGAGGGCUCCGAAGGGGCGUGCACUAGCACCUACGGGGCCCAAAAUCAGGUCUACUGCAGUGCAGCCACCAACAUUCGCGACCACCAGCCUUAAGGAUCAGGGACGUCAGAAUUCAGAAAUACAUAAUAUUAUAACUGGUAUUGUCCAAAUGUUGAAUGGUAAAGUCAAUGUUCAAGCCAACACGCAGCUAUUGAAUGGCAGACCCCGACCUAUGACAUCCAGGAUAAAUAAUCGCGGCCCACCAAGGAUAACCGAGUCCUACUCUGCACCAGAUUUCGAUAAACCUAUAACACCACCACCAUUGUUCCAUCCCACGAAAAUACCACCACCUUAUCCCUUCGAUAUACCUCAUGGUGUCAAUUUACCUGAGCAAAUUGUUCCACCGAUGAAUAAUAGACCAGGGUUCCAUCGACCUAUUCCGCCAUGGCAGAGACCGAGACCGAGACCACCGACGCGAAGACCGAAUCCAGGUCUUCCAGUAUACAAACCUACUCUCAUUCCACCUCCAGACAUUCCAGAUUUAGAUUAUAAGCAAGAUGAAAACGUCUCACAUUCUGAAAACAAGUUACAACACGACGAUGUCAUACCCUUAGUAACCUCUGAAUCAACAACCGAAAUAAAAAACACAACAGAAGACGAUAAAGAAAUACAGCUAACAACAGCUGAAACAACUACAAGUGUCUCAACGACCGAAACGACAACGGAAUCAACAACGACAUCAACGACGACAACUACAACAACAACAACAACAACAACAGAGAAACCAAUAGAACUUACAACACAAAAGACAACAACGGAGAAAGCGAAACCAUUGAAAUCUGAAAAGAAAAAGGAGCAAUUGAGCUCAGACAAAAAUAAAGAUAAAUAUAAAGUAAGCGAAGAGAAAACGACAGAUCGACCAGUUAAAAACAACAUUGAUGUUGGACCAGUGAUAGAGUCGUCUAUAACUGAAAUACCACCGUCGGCAACGGUCUCCGUCGCGACACCCACAUCUACAGUGGGUCUGAUGAGUCACGCACCAAUAGCCACUGAAACUAAAAAAGCAAAUGUUGAAAUGACGACAUCUUCGAUAAAUACAGCUCCUUUGCAGACAUCUGAAAUUCCUUACCUGCCUUAUCGCCCUCGGCCCGGGAUAGUCCUAGAUGACACCGACUUCAAACCGCAUGGUACAAGAUACCGUCCAGAUGCACCGGUUAUAACCGCUGCUGAAACCGCAUUACCAGGAUACGGAGAGAUAUUUGACGUGACCGUAUCCGCUAUCCAGGGUCCAGGGGAGAAACCAGCCUCUGUUAAUGUGGAACAUAUAAACAUUCACCGUGACGACAUCAUCGUGUCGGCGUCUGGCGAACAAGGGUUCGUCUCCAUCGAUGGGAAGAGGACUUAUCUCAACUUGUUUGAUACCUCCACUCCCACUAUUGCCCCUACGAGAGUGCAGAGCACACCCUACCAUACUGGUCCCCCACCGUCUUUGGGCCCCGCAAUGGGUACAGGGGUGGCGAUACCGGCCGACGACGUGCCGCUACCACCCAGACGACCGCACAUUCCACACAGACAGCCGCCCUACCGCCGUCCGCAACCUACUGUUAGAAUCGAUACGUGCAUAGUUGGUGAUGAUUCGACUUGUGAUCAAGCUCAGAACGAGAUGUGCAGAACAGAAGCAGGUAUAUCGAGUUGUCAAUGCAGACCGGGAUACGCGAGGAGGACGCACCGGGAUCCUUGCAGACGAGUCGUAUCCCUCGUUCUCAACUUGAGGGUAGACAGGAUAUAUGAUAGAAAGAUGGCGUGGGACGCUAAGUUAGCUGAUAAAGAGUCGGAACCUUAUCAGCAAUUAAGUUACGAAGCUGUGAGAGCGAUCGACUCGGCGUUCUCAAUGACACCGUUUUCAGACGACUUCGUCAGCGGUUCGGUGAAUUCGGUGUAUAAAGGGGACGAGGACAACCGCGGGAUCUUCGUUAAUUAUACGGUUCUGAUGCAAGAGACGGUGGAGACUCUCCGACCGGCGGUGGCGACGGACAUCCAGAAACACUUGCUGGGCGUUGUGCGGCGCCGCUCCAACAACAUCGGAGCCUCCGCGCUGUGGGUCGACUCGCCCGCCGCCUGCGUGCUGCCGCUGCACGAUUUGGAUGAAUGUUCAUCUUCUGACCUGAACGACUGUCACGAGCUGGCCGUCUGCACGAACACGUGGGGGGCGUUUACCUGCGCGUGCCCCGACACCACGCUGGACGCGGGCGGCGCGCGAGCGGGCCGCGCGUGUCGCGCGUGCGGCGCGCAGCACUGCAGCGAGCGCGGACAGUGCCGGUACGCGCACGGACAGCCCUACUGCACCUGUUCGUCCGGCUACUACGGGUCUACGUGCGAGAUGGAUGGGGAGGUGAUCGGUGUGGCGGUUGGGGCUUCCCUGUUGGCGGUGCUGGUCAUUGCGCUCACGUUAGCAGCUUUGAUGUCCUGGAGCCGCAAGUGGUCACGUGACCAAAUGGCCGGCAUGGGGUCUCCAGUGUUCAACUACAUGGCAGCAAAUACGGUGAAGACUCCGCCGGUGGGUCAACCACCAUACCAGGUAACUUUGGAAGAAAGAAUGCGAUGGGCGCAAAUAGCUGAGGCCAUGACACAAGCGAGCCAUUAUGCGCAAGCUGAUCAUACACAAACAAUGGCAACUCGUCCGUCAUCGGCCAUGUUCGGAGGGUACCCGACACUACCCCCCGUGCCUCUACCCAGGCUGGGCAUGCACGGCGGCCACCUGGCGGGCUCGCUGGGCGCCGCGCGCGCCCCGCCCGCCGCGCACGCCGGCCUCUACGGCUACACAAACCACAUGGCGACCGAUUCGACGAGCUCUGAAGCGUCAAGCCACGUUCAGGAUCGAGCUGAUCUCUUGGUGCCCAGACCGAAGUCCAGAGCGAGGAGUAUGCAUAACCAAACCGGGAUAUACUACGACGUUGAAUAUGAAAACGCCGAACCCAUAUACGGAACAAAAGGCAUACCGCUGUCCACCUACACGGGAUUGGGGAUGGGGGUGAGACAGCACAAGAGAGCGUCAUGCCGUUUGCAGUCACGGGAUACGAUUCGGUCGGCUUAUAUUUUUAUAUUGAAUUUCUCCAGUCAUUUUCGACUUUUAUAUACUAAAAUUCAUAUAUAUAGGGCCCUUAACAUGGCAUGGCAUUUAGAAAAUAUACAUAUAUAAACAAAUUGAGAUUUCCUUUGAAGUCGGUUAAAAGACAUGGAUUUCUCUCUUUCUCUCAUCUGUAAAUUGACAUUAAAGAAAGAGACAACACUAUUGUAACUCUAUUGUGCAAAUCUAUUGCGUCCAAUAUUUUCUAAUAACUUUGUAAGUAUUAAAAAAAUAAAGUAUUUUUCUAUGAAAUUUAAUUUGUAAUAUAAUAUUUAUUUAAAAACAAUUUUGUGUAUUAAAUUUAAUUUAAAUGACGUUUGAACAACGAAUGUAUCUCCUAUACAAGAUCUAUCGAAUUAUAAUUAAUAUAAUAUGAAACGAGUAUUUUAUAUAAUAUUAUAGGAACAAUAUAAUGAUUUGUUUGGUUUUUUGCUUAAACGCGAUAGUCUCGCGAUCUAAUAGUCUGAUUUGGUACUUGUUAGGUAUUAAAAAGUGUGCCUGUGUCCUUUCUUACGGUUCAAGCUUGCUUCAUAGCAAAUUUUAUCAAAAUCGGUUCAGUAACUUAGCCGUGAAAGCGUAAAAGACAGACAGACCACUCUACGACCCACGCGAGUAGAACCAAUAUUAUAUAAAGAAAAUUUAACUUGUGAACUUUAAAAAGUCAAUUAUAUAAUAAUAUUAUAUGUCAUAGUUAUGUAAUGUAAAUAUAAUUUAUUUUAUAUGAACUUUAUAUUUGUGUCGUAGUAAUUUUAAUUGUAUAUACAGUAACAGCCUGUAAAUGUCCCACUGCUGGGCUAAGGCCUCCUCUCCCUUUUUUGAGGAGAAGUUUUGGAGCUUAUUCCACCACGCUGCUCCAGUGCGGGUUGGUAGAAUACACAUGUGGCAGAAUUUCGAUGAAAUUAGACACAUGCAGGUUUCCUCACGAUGUUUUCCUUCAACGAAAAGCACGAGAUGAAUUAUAAACAGAAAUUAAGCACAUGUAAAUUCAGAGGUGCUCGCCCGGGUUUGAACCCACGUUCAUCGGUUAAGAUUCACGCGUUCUUACCACUGGGCCAUCUCGACUUCGAAAUGUGUAUAAAGUAUUCUAUAUAUGUAUACAGGCUGUCUAUAAUGAUGGGUGUUUUUAAACAUAUGAAUCCAUUUCAGUAUAAACUAUCGGUUUAGAGAAAUAAAUACAGUGAUUUUUUUAACAUUCUGUAUACUAUUGUUAUAUAUAUAUAUAUAUAUAUAUAUAUAUAUAUAUAUAAAUAUAUCUUUAAGAACAAAUUAAAAACAUAAAACGACUAAACGUCAAACGGUAUUAACUCCAAUGUAUUUACAUAAUAAUAUAUGAUUUGAGCAAAAUUACAAAAGCUAUUCAAUUUAUAUAGUAUAUAAAUAUAAUUGAAAAUAUAAGUGGAAGGUGGCAUUUCAUCAAUUACGUAUAACUCUUAAGUUGUAAAAUGUGUAUUUAACAAAUUAAAAAAAAAAAUACGACCAUAACACCUUGAUCAAUUAAUUAUAUACUUAAAUAUAAAAUAUAUUUUUCUAUUUUAUCUGUAUAUAUUUGUAAGACAUAUCAAAAUGUGAAUCGUGAAAAUUGUGCUUGGAUUUAUAUUCGUUCACCUUAGACAAGAAAAGCUUUAAGGUUUUAAGAUUUAAUUGAAAAAAAAAAAAUACAAUCAUAGACUUUUUUAAUGGCGGGGGUGAAGUAGAUAAACAGCUUUGACCAUGAAUUGUAUGACGUCAUUGGUUGCAAUGUUUAAUAAUCUGUGGUAUUCAUUGUAUAUUCAUGAAAAAAAGAUUUUUAAAUUUGGAAGUAUAAUUAAAGUUGAUAUAACUAGUUAAGUUGAAUACUGAUGUAUUAUCUCCUAAAGAUAUAAUCAAGAACUGUUUGUAGUGUAUAUAGCAGAGCUAUUAGCAAACUGUAUGGAAUUUGUAAAUCUAAGGUUACUCCUGCUGUAUAAUAUAAUAAUAUUGUUGUAUAACAAAUGUUAAUUCGUGAAAUAUAACAAUAAUCGACUAUUUAUAUAACUGUGACCGCGUUUUAAUGGUAUUGGUGUUUUGUUCAUAAAUAUGAAUGGUUACAUAAAAGCUUAACGUGUUCAGUUAAACGCUGAUUCCUCUACUAUUUUUGUUAACAUUAAGACUUCGAACUGUGUUAUUUACAAAUAUAUUUUGUUAUUUACUGCGACACUAUCAUGACGAGAAUGCAUUUACAGUUAAUGUUAUAUAAUAAUAAUAAAAUCAACGAUUUUUAUACAGUCA